UCUGUCCGUUCUCUUUUCUCCCCGGUGGCGGGCUGGCUGGACGGGCUCUGGUGAGACGGAAGGAAAAGGAUUUCCGCAGUUGGAGCCCGGCUUGGCUCCCCAUCGCCCCACGGAGCUGGCCGUCUUGGCACUUACUGAUUAAAGAGAAAUGAAUAUCAUCAUUUUCCACUUUGAUACUUGAGUUUCCCUGGCGUAUCCUUGGAGUCACAGAAGAAUUUGAUUACAUAUUUUACCAUUAAACUCAAAGGAUGGACGUUACCAGUUUGUCCUGUGGAAGUCCUCUUUUUGGGGCCCAAGUCUGCAGCCAAGGAGAAGAAACAGAGGGGGAAAGCACAUUGGUUGAUUGCCUGAAAAACUAUAAUAAGGGUGAGGCUGUGGAUUUCACUCAAGAGGAGCAGUCUACAAAGGACCCAACUCAGAAGAGCAUACCUAGUGAUGUGGCAGUGGGGGACUCUACAAAGCUGGCCUCUGUAGGAUGUCAGACACUUACCAAGCCCAGUGCUUUGACUUGUUUGACAAAAGAAUUGGUAACCGCAAAGAGAGGAGUUCUUCAAGAAUUGGAAAAACAUCUACAAACCAAAGAUUUAACACUAGAGCAAGGUUUUUUGACAAGACAUACCUUCAUGGAGACACAUCAGGUGGAUGCAGUGACCUUUGAGGAUGUGUCUGUGGACUUUACCCAGGAAGAGUGGACUUCACUGGAUCCAAUUCAGAGAAGCCUUUACAGAGACGUGAUGCUGGAGAACUACCGGAACCUGGCCACAGUAGGAGGUCAGUUGUUCAAACCCAGCCUGAUCUCUUGGUUGGAGCAAAAAGUAGAGUUGACAAUAGUGGAGCAAGGAAUUCUCCAAGAAUGGGAAAUGCACCUUAAGACAAAAGGGACAGCACUUGAGGAGGAUAUAUUUUGGUCAGAUAGGUCAAAUGGAAAGCAACUGGGAAGAAAGCACAAUGGAGGGGUGCUUGGCAACUCUAUGCAAGUUGGAAGAGUUUUCAGUGAAGAUGCAUGCCCUCAGACUCACGUUAGUAGGCUAAAUACAGAGAACACGUCAGAGAGUAAUUUGUGUGGAAAAGACUUGCUGCCACCACAUAAAGAGACGUCUACUGAAAAGAACAUUUUUCAGUUGGACCAGUGUGUAAAAUCUUUCACUUUGACUCCAGAUGUUUCACAGAAAAUGUGCUCUCUGGGAAAAUCCACUGAAUGCAGUGACUGUGGGAAAACCUUCCUUACCCACUUAGAACUUGAGGCACAUAGUUCUUGUCAUAGUGGAAAGAGUCAGUGUGGACAAGCUUUUACUCUUCCUGUAAGUCAUAAUGAGCAUGUUGUAAUUCCCCCUGAAAAAAAAUACUAUGAAUGUAAGAAAUGUGAAAAAGUCUUUACACAUCCUAUCUACCUUAAUGUCCAUAUGCAAAGCCACACUGUGGAGAAACCCUAUGACUGUAAGGAAUGUGGGAAAGCCUUCACUGAGCGCUCAAGUUUAAUUGUGCAUCUACGCCAGCACACUCGAGAGAAGUCUUAUGAGUGCAAGGAAUGCGGGAAAACCUUCAUUCAACCCUCACGCCUUACAGAACAUAUGAGAAGUCACACAGGAGAGAAACCAUAUCAGUGUGACCAGUGUGGGAAUGCCUUUGCAUCUUCUUCUUACCUUACUACACAUUUGAGAACUCAUACCGGAGAGAAGCCCUUUGAGUGUAACAUAUGUGGGAAGGCAUUUACACGUUCCUCUUACCUGCUAGGUCACAUACGAACUCACACCGGAGAAAAGCCCUAUGAAUGUAAAGUAUGCGGGAAAGCGUUCAGUGGUCGUUCUUGGCUUACAAUACACUUACGAAAGCAUACUGGAGAGAGGCCCUAUCCGUGUACAGAGUGUGAGAAAGCCUUCACCAGCUUUGCUCAGCUCACUGAACAUAUAAAAACUCACACUGGUGAAAAGCCCUUUCGUUGUAAGGUAUGUGCAAGGACCUUUAGAAAUUCCUCAUGCCUUAAGACCCAUUUCCGAAUUCACACUGGAAUAAAACCAUACAAAUGUAAUUACUGUGGGAAAGACUUCACUGCACGGUCAGGCCUUACUAAGCAUGUACUAAUUCACAAUGGGGAGAAACCCUAUGAGUGUAAGGAAUGCGGGAAAGCCUUCAGUACAUCCUCUGGCCUUGUUGAACAUAUAAGAAUUCAUACAGGAGAGAAGCCCUUUGAAUGCUAUCAGUGUGGGAAAGCUUUGGCUCAUUCCUCAUCUCUUGUUGGACAUUUAAGAACUCACACUGGAGAGAAACCCUUUGAGUGUAAGCAGUGUGACAAAACAUUUACGCGGUCUUCUUAUCUUCGUAUUCAUAUGCGAACUCACACUGGAGAGAAACCAUACGAGUGUAAGGAGUGUGGGAAGACUUUCCCUGAGCGCUCAUGCCUUACUAAACACAUAAGAACACACACUGGUGAAAGGCCCUAUGAAUGUAAGGAGUGUGGGAAAGGCUUCAUUAGUUUUGCUCAACUUACUGUACACAUAAAAACUCACAGUUCUGAGAGACCUUUUCAGUGUAAGGUGUGCACAAAAUCCUUUAGAAACUCCUCCUCCCUUGAGACCCACUUUCGAAUUCACACUGGAGUAAAACCCUAUAAAUGCACUUACUGUGGGAAAGACUUCACUGCUCGUUCAGGCCUUACUAUACACUUAAGAAAUCACACUGGGGAGAAGUCCUAUGCAUGCCAAGAAUGUGGAAAAGCCUUUAGCACUUCCUCAGGCCUUAUUGCACACAUAAGAAGUCACAAAGGAGAGAAACCCUUUGAAUGUGACCACUGUGGGAAAGCCUUUGCUUCUUCCUCUUAUCUUAAUGUGCAUUUGAAAAUUCACACUGGAGAAAAGCCCUUUCAGUGUACAGUGUGUGGGAAAACAUUUACAUGUUCUUCCUACCUUCCUGUUCACAUGCGAACUCACACUGGAGAAAAGCCUUUUCAGUGUAUAAUAUGUGGAAAGUCAUUUUUAUGGUCCUCGUACCUUCGAGUUCACAUGCGAAUUCACACUGGAGAGAAACCCUAUGUAUGUCAGUACUGUGGAAAAGCCUUUACAGAGCACUCAGGCCUUAAUAAGCAUUUACGGAAACACACAGGAGAGAAACCGUAUGAAUAUAAGGAAUGCAGGGAAUCCUUCACUGCUUCUGCUGAUGCUAAUGAACAUGAGAAUCCCCAUUGGGGGGGAAAGCCUUUGAAUGUAAAGUAUUCAGAAAAUUGUUCUGGAAGCCCUUGAUCCAUCCUUUGCAAUCAGAAUUUAGUCUAUAAAAGUCUUAUAAUAAUCAAUGUAUGAAAGCAUUCAAUUGUCACUGCUGUAAAAGCAACUCAUUCUGAGUUUAAGGCUAUGGGAGAGAUCAAAAUCCCAAGAUCGGUGAACUCUGUCAAGGUUUGUACUAUAGGAGAUGAAAAUCUUUAGUGUUUCCAUGUGUGUUGAUGCAAGACAUGUAGAAAUGUUAUAGUUUUUAAGUUUCUUAGUUCACUUGUAAUCUCACAGUUGAGAAAAAUCUUACUGAAGUUUGGGAAAUAACUUUUUACCUUUGACUUUAUGUGGUGGUUACAGACUGAACACAAACUACGUAUGUGUAAAUAGGGGAUUUGCUUUAGUGUCUUGAAGUUUUGGAUGGCAACACAUGGAUUUCCUGGGUGCUUCUAGAUGAACUUUGAAUAUUUCUAUAUUUGUGUAUUUUUAUGACUUCAAUUAUAAAUUUCUAAAUUUCAUUAUAGGUUUUCCUUUUUAAAAUAUUUCUGUUUGAUGUGAUUGAAAACUAUUGUUUAUACCUGGGUCUAAUAUAUGUCCCAUGCUGGCAUUGUGAACUAAUGAACACAGUCACUACUUAUUUCGUUUGUUGUCACAUGCGCCCCUCUUCCCCUUUGUCUUUUUUUGAGUUACUUUCACUUUUUGACCUUGACGAGUAUGAAAAUCAUGUAGUCUAGACUGAUCGAGCUCAUGGUAGUCCUGGCUCAGUCUCCUUAGUGUCGAGAUGGCAGGUACAAGCUAUCAUACCUGACUCUAACUGUCUUAAAGUAAUGUCACAUAGUGUUUACGUACUUACAUAAGAUGAUUUGGGUCUGACCAAGACAACCCCUUUCUUUGAGUUCCCAGUCUCUGGUAGCCGCUACCCUUUCUCUGGUUGGAGUUUAGCUUUUCUUUAGUCUCUACUUGUUAAGUCAUGUAGUAACAAGUAGUAUCUGUAUUAACUAUUCUUAGGUUUUUAUUUUUUAUUUUUUGUGCCAGGGUCUUGUCGCUCAAACUGACUCCCAAACUCCCAGCCUUUCUGCUUCAGGCAUGUGCCAUCAUAUCUAGCUGUUUAUAUGAGUUUAAGUUUACAUGGUAGAGCUGUGUUGUGGUCAGUUAAUUGUUUUAGGACAUUUAAUUAUCCUUUGGUAUGUCUAUGGAUACUUAGUUUCCAUACCUUGACUGUUGGGAGUAUUGCUGCCUUGAAUGCUAGUGUAGCUGUCUCUUUUUAGUUAAUGAUCUUAUGUCCUCAGAUGCAGUCCCCAAAGUGGGUUUGUUACAGUAAUGACACGUGUACUUUUAAUUCAGUAUGUAUGGACUAUUCUGUAAUGGCCAUCAGUUCAUAUCCCCAGUGAUGUACCUAGUCUUUUUAUUGCUUAUCUUUUUACUUUUUUCUUUCUAUGUGCCAUUUUGAAA